UGUGAAAUAAUUACAACAAAUCAAACAAAUGUCAAAACAAUGGUGUUUUGGUGUUUAUUCGUUUAAUUCGUACAAAAUUUAAAGAUUUAGUGGCGUUUAUUAAUUUAAAAGAAUGUCUAAAUCAGCUCACGUUGUGGACGGAGAGGCGUCCGAGUCAGAUUCAGAUGUUGAAGUCGGCAAAUCACCGGACACAUUCCCCUCCUCUAAAGCAUUUGUGAUCUCCGGAGAAGCUCCUGAAUCAGAUGAUGAAAGCAAGCUCCCAUCACCAAUAAGUGAUGAGCAGGAUGCCCCGCUGCAUACAAUGUUCACUUCAUCACCGUCAUCACCAACCAAGCUGAUACAUAACUCACUGCUACAUCAGAAGCUAUGGGAAUGCAAUGUAUCUCUGCGAGCCACCGUGGAAGGCCUGGCGAAGCACACUACGGAUAUAUGUGUGGAAAAACUGAGCCGGGCCGACAAAACCUUGCUCAGUGUGCAGGAGAGUAUGCGAGCGACCAAUGCGAGCUUGUCGCUUGCGCGCGCGCGCCUUAAGCAGAUCCACGCUGAACUCGAGAAGGCCAACUGUGGGAACGCUCUUCCCACUGUGAAAAUUAAAUAGCCCCACCCGUUGCACUAUUGUCGUACCCACUCCUAGCACAAGCUUUACG